UUUUGUUGCUGCCGCCGCCGCCGCCGCCGCCGCCGCCGAGUGUCAGUUUCUGAGCCGCCGCCUGCGGUCGGCCUCCCGGUGCGGGUCCGCGCGCGCCUCCUGCAGAGCCGGCCCCCGGCCCCGCUGCGCUCCCCGGCCCGCCGCGCGCCCCCGGCCCGGGUCCGAGCGCCCAUGGCGCAGUCGCCCGCCGCCGUGCCGCCGGGCGCGCCGGAGCAGGGCUGCCCCAUCCGCGUGGAGCACGACCGUCGUCGCCGCCAGUUCACCGUCAGGCUCAACGGCUGUCACGACCGGGCGGUGCUGCUCUACGAGUACGUGGGCAAGCGGAUCGUGGACCUGCAGCACACGGAGGUCCCUGACGCCUACCGCGGCCGCGGCAUCGCCAAGCACCUCGCCAAGGCCGCUCUGGACUUCGUGGUGGAGGAGGACCUGAAGGCCCAUCUCACGUGCUGGUACAUCCAGAAGUACGUCAAGGAGAACCCCCUGCCGCAGUACCUGGAGCGCCUGCAGCCGUAGCCCCGGCCCGCAGGCGGGAGCCCACCCGCCAGACCUUCCCGCCAGCCCCCUCCCGGCCUCCCCGUGCUCUCAGGAAUCCUGGUCCCCGCGGGGGACAGACUCAGAGUUAUUUUUGUAAGGACGCUCUGUGGCCCCCGGAGGCGGCUGGCUGAGGACGGGCAGGGGUCCAGCCGCCGUGGUGGAAGGGAGGUCCCAGUCGCUCCUGCCCUGCAGGCACUGGCCUGCUCCUCAGAAGGCCCCCUGGCCAGCCAGGGCCUGCGGGCGGGACUGGGACGCAGACGGGGUCGUCUCUCGGGCCGGUCUGUUCCCCACUCUGGGAUGGAUGGGCACGGCGGCUGAUUUGGGGUCCUGCCGACAUGCCCGGUCAGGGUCGUUUGUGCAGACAAGGAGGAUGCCCCUGACCAAGGGAGCAACAAGGAACCUUAUGUGCCAACUUCUGGGGGCAUCAUGCCAGGUGUGGCCACCCCCGUGCUGCCCCUUCUCCAACUGUGCCUGGUGCGGGAAGCCGGGGACAGCCCUCCCUGUGGAGAGAGGCCGGGAACGGCUGGACACGCGCACACACACGCAGGACACAAAGUGCAGAGCUGUGCUCUGGCGGGGAGGCUGAGCUAGGAGGUGUCCUAACUCCUCACACCCCCUUUUGUCAGCUCCGCAGGAACCAGGCCCCACCUGCGGCCGCCCCCCUUUCCAGCCUGGGCAUCGCAGGCGUCCCCACCCCCUCACUGGCCUCCCGGCCGUCCUGGGGGUGAGCUUUCUGAGAGAGGACCCUUGGCAGCCAGAGCGGGCGGGAGGAAGCUGCCCCCCCGGGAACCAGCCUCGCUCCGAGGCAGACACAGAUGUGCAGAGGGGUUUCCUUUGCUUUGCUGCGAGCUCGUGGCCUGUCAGGAGUCCCGGCCCCCCCGCUACAGCAGCCUCCUGGGAAUGGCCCUUUGUUCUGUGGGGGCUUCCUUGGGGGGGUUGGUUAGGGCUCAGGGUACUGACCUCCUGGUCCCUGGUCCCCACAAGGGCGGAAUCCAUGCCUGGUCCCCUGUGGGCUGAGACACGAGUGAACGUGAUGAGGCCCCUCCAGGCCUCUGGCUGUCUGGGCUGCUCGUCCCUGCGACUCCGCCACACCUGAUGCGUGACUUUGCCCCCCACUGGUCUGCUCCACCCAGGCCCUCACCGCGCCCCUGACACCCGCACAGACAUGUUCUCACCACGCGGCAGCAGCAUCUGUCUGCCCUGCCUGAAGGGCUGGCGGCCCCAGAGGCACGGUCCUCCCCUCCUCCCCUCCCAGCCCCCCGCCCCCCCCCAUCCCACUGUAGAGGGCUCUUGGGGGAGCCCUUUGGCAGGAGGUGGGCUCGGCUGGGGGGCGUCCCCUUCCUGGUACAGGUCCACCCCCACCCCCAAGUUCAAGCACAGACUGUCAUGAAAACUUGUCUCCAUUAGCUCAGCGAGCUGGUGCUCGUCCCUCUGCAGCCUUGGGGACAAGGUGACCCAAGCCAGGAGGCAGUAACCCAUGGAGGGAGUCCUGCUGUGGUGGUACAGGGCACCCCAGGGCAAGCAGUACACUGAGGAGCAGAGGGCCAGGUGGUACCAGGGGGACCCCGCCGUGUCCCAGCCUGCACCUGUGUUCUGACAGCAAGUGACUCUCUACACCUGGCCGCACAUGCACAAACCCAGUACUGGAACGAGGGGUGUGCGGCGUCUCGAGGGCCCCUGCAGCCCUUGGCCCGGGGCCCGCUUGUCCCCAGUGGCUGCAGGUGCGUUAAAGUGGCGGCUCCGCCACAGCCCUCGGCCUCCUCUCCCAGGCCGGGCCAGGGUCUGCCGCAGACCCGGGCCCUGGAGCCCCCAGCCCACCCCACCAGCACGCCCGAUCCCACUGCGGCUGGCCGGUCCCCGGUGCUACCCUGACUGUCUGAGGUCCCAGCCUCCCCCUGCCUGUCCCGGGAUAUGUCUUUUUGGGAACCCUUGCUCAGGAGGCAGGUCAUGUGGCCACUGGCAGGGAGACCCGCCAGGCCCCUCCCAGCGGACGGCCCUCCUGCCACGCCUGGCUCUGUGGGCCUCUCUCUCGCCCUGUUCGGAGGGGCGGUAACUCAUGUGCCUUUCCUACUCAGGACGUGCUCCAGGUGGCGUCUGGGCCACGGCCGGUCUCCAGACGGAUUGCAUGACAUACAUUUCAAUAAAAGGUGUGACCCA